AUGUACGAUUGCUUGCCCGUUGAAUCAUUCAGUGGGAAAAUUACUCCCAACCCCAGGAAGACGGCUAUGUGGAAAUCCAACGAUUCAAAAAUUAAACCUGUAGAGCGGUGCAUUCACUCUCAAGAUUUUAUUUAUAACUGGACAGAAACACUGUUGACGCAUAAUUACUUCACCUUUCAAAGGAGGGUUAUCUCAUUGAAAGUAGAUAUUGAAGAAUCGAAUUUAUUUGAUCCCCUUUCUUUUUUCCUUCAUCUAAUUGUAUAUGAUAUAAUGAAGAAGAAACGAUCAGUUGCAACGGAAUUAGUUUCACGUGCUUCAUCAGUGUUACCAGCAUUUACGGAUAUAUUUGAUGAAGAAACAUUCUAUAUAUUUUUUGCUUGUCUUGUUGUUAUAUCUUUUAUUGUAGCAUUUGGUGUAGCUUGGUAUUUUGAUGUAACAAUUAAAGAUGCUGAUGAAUUGAAAUCUUCUAACAAAAGAUUUAAAGGACGAUCAACUGGUGAUAGCAGUAGAAUACGAUAA